AUGAUUGCAAGGGUGAUUGCGGGGGAUUCAGCUUUGGAUUUACAACAACGUGUCGAGGAUGCCGGCUUUCCUAAUGUUGUAGUUACUCCUAUGGGAGGUGAUAGGGUGUUUCUUAAUUGUUCUGGUGAUGAAGAUAUUUGGCAAGUGUUUAAUGGGGCCCUUCAUUUUUUUGCUAUGUUGUUCUCUAAUAUUCAUAAGUGGUCGGAGGCGGAGGUUCGAUAUGAACGCGGUGCAUGGUUGCGAGUCUAUGGUAUUCCCGUUCAUGCUUGGAACGAGUCUUUCUUUCGAUUGUGUGCUCCAGAGAAUGGUAGAUUCAUUCGUGCAGACGAAUGCACAAUUGACAAGGCACGCUUAGAUUUUGCACGUAUUCUUGUUUCCACGUCACAAUUAGAGAUUUUGAAUACGUCUUCUGAAGUUGUCAUUGACGGGAGGAAAUAUAUUAUUAAAUUGGUGGAGGAAUGGGGAUGUCAUUUGGGCGAGGAUGCAUUUAUGACGGAGGUUGAUUCGGUUUCCACACCGGAAGCGGUAUUUCAACCAAAUGUCGAGGAAGGUUUGGGAAGAGGUUCAAGGGGAGUGGGAGUUGGAUGA